UGUGUGUGUGUGUGAGCCAAGAGCGUGUUGCUGUAGGGUGAACCCAGUCUCAGUUCUCACUGCAACAGCAAUAAGAAGCAUGAGUCUUGAACUGAAACCUCAGUUAAAGAUGCAUAAAGAUGAUGCCUUGGAUUUAGCCAACCCACACAAGUGCUAUGAAUAAGACACUGGACAAAAUACACACUUCUGGAGGACUCGGACAGAAAGCAGAGAAUUUUCACAGUGGCAAGGGUAAUGAGAGAGUCUUCCCCAGGCCAGCAAUCAUCCCACUGGAAGGUCCUUCACUCACUCCAAAUGCUCAGAGGACUAGGAACAAGUUUUGCAAGGGAAACAGGAAUGUUAGAGAGGGGGAGGACUCUUCAUCUUCCUCUGUUCCAAACCCCUUUCCUGAACUUCUACCUCCAACUGUUUCCGGCUCCAUCUCUAAAUGUUUACUGCCUUGGACAAAACCUAGUGCAACUCAGGUGAUAAAAGUGUUUGAUGAAAACAACACCAGCAAGGCUGUAGAGGUGCCCACUGAUGUCACUGCCAGGGACAUAUGCCAGCUGUUUGUCCUGAAGAAUCACUGCAUUGAUGACCACAGCUGGGCUCUUAUUGACCACCACAUCCAGCUAGGAAUAGAAAGGACCAUAGAAGAUCAUGAAUGUGUUAUGGACGUGCUAUCAGGCAAUGGGAUGGAGACAGACAGUCGGCUGUAUUUUAGAAAGAAUUAUGCUAAAUAUGAAUUCUUUAAGAAACCGCUGGACUUUUUCCCAGAUCAUAUGGUUUCCAUAUCAACAGAAACUAAUGGCAUUGUGGAUCACUCCGAGCUUAUUGAGAUCUUCCUCAAAUCCAGCACUUGUCCUGAGAUCCAUGGCCACCUUCAUGUCAAAGAGCAAAGCAAGAAGUCCUGGAAGAAGUUUUAUUUUGUUUUACGGAGGUCAGGGCUUUAUUUCUCCACCAAGGCAACUUCUAAGGAACCAAGGCAUCUCCAGUUCUUUGCUGAUUUCGCCGACAGUGACAUCUACACUGUUGUAUCAGCCAAAAAAGCGCAUGGAGCACCAACAGAGUUCGCUUUCUGUGUCAAGGCUACAAAGUGCAGUUCGUCUCGUGAUUUGAAACUGCUUUGUGCGGAUGAUGAGCAGACCAAGACCUGCUGGAUCACAGCCAUGCGCUUGUUAAAGUUUGGGAUGCAACUUUACCAAAACUUCAUUCAGCCUCAUCAGAAGCAAAAAGUCUCAUCCAUGAGAAGCAUCUCUGAGAACUCGCUGGUGGCCAUGGACUUUUCUGGCCAAAAGACACGAGUGAUCGAGAACCCGUCUGAAGCUCUGUCUGUGGCUGUGGAGGAAGGCCUGUCAUGGAGGAAGAAAAGCUGCCACCGUUUGAGUGGUCACGGGAGCCCCUCCUCCACACAGAGCUCAGUUCCAAACCUAGCAAUCCACUUGGCUCAGCCGUGGUUCCAUGGAAAGCUGUCUCGGGAAGAAGCUCAGCAUUUAAUUACCCAGCAGGGUCUUAUUGAUGGAGUGUUUCUUCUGAGGGACAGCCAAAGCAACCCAAAGACGUUUGUUCUCUCACUCUGCCACAUGCAGAAAAUCAAACACUUUCAGAUUCUACCAGUGGACGAUGAAGGGGAGCUGUUCUACAGUUUGGAUGACGGUCACACACGAUUUACUGAUUUGAUCCAGUUAGUGGAGUUUUACCAGUUAAACCGUGGGACUCUCCCCUGCAGACUGAAGCAUCACUGUAUCCAGAUCACCCUGUGAAAUGGACACUAAAGACUCCCCAAUGGGCCCUUUACUCUGGGUUUUGUUGGACAAACACCCUUUUCAAUUUUUUUUUAUUUUUAUUUUUUAUUUUUUUGCCUUACAGAAGAACAACGUAGAGACUGUGGUUUUCACAAUGUGGAAUAUUCUCCAUCUUUGUUUUUCUCUUUCAGGAAAAGCCAGCUGUCAGAUUGGACUGUAUGACCAUUAUAGAUUGCAAACAAGAUUAUUUUUUAACUCAGCUGUCUUUCUACAUGUAUUGGGAAAUCUAUUUUUCAAAGCCUAAUCAUGACGAUUUGCUCUAAGAAGUGUGACAUUGUGUUACUUCACAAUAUCAGUGAAACUUUUUUGUAAUACCUGGUUUUCUAAUGGUGUGCACAAACAAUAUUGCUGAAGCUCCUUUAUACUCUACAACCACAGACUUUAUUAUAUGUUAUUGGGAUUUUGUCUUUUUGUUCGCGGUAUGCCAACAUGCAUAAUAAUGAAAGAGAAGUGGUUCUGAAAAUGUAAUAAAAAAAAUAAAAAAUCUGAAAUUUCUCCCUUUGCAAUUACAGCUGCAAAUGUUUUGGAAGAUGUAUCUAAUGACUAUCAUUUUCACAAAAUAGCUUGCCCCAGUCAGAUUGCAUGGAGAGCAUUGAUAUGUUUUAGAGCAUUAAUAUGUUUUAAUUUAAACCUUUCCGUUGUAGCUCUGGUAGUAAGUUUAGGGCUGUUAUCCUGCCGAUGGGUGAAUCUCUUGCCUAGUUUUAAGUCUCCUACAAGUUUUCAGUGACCUCAUCUGACCACAGCACUUUUCUUCCAUUCUUUCACAUUUGCUGUGUCUCAUAUAUGUCUUGGGGGGGGGGGACUCCAAAUAGUACUUCUUAAGAUUUUCCCCUUGCCAAUUUUCUGUGAAACCCAGAUUUGUGGAACACAUGACAAAUAGCUGCCCUGGCUUCAGAUUAUCCCACCUGAGAGGUGGAUCUCUCCAAUUCCUCCAAAGUUACCACAGGACUCCCACCUAUCUCUUCUGAUGACUGCACUUUUUACCUGGCCUGCAAGCAGAAGUGGAUAACCAUGUCGGUUUGUAGUAUCGCCACACUCUUUUCAUAUCUAGAUGAUGAUAUGAAAAGAUGUGAGACCUCAAAAGCUUUAUACCUGAUCUGUCUGCUGUUUCUUUGUCUUUCUCAUGUUGUUUGUUAACAAAUGAUUUCAAACAAACCUCUUCAGUUGUUGAAUCAAACUGAGCACACGUCAACACUAUUUACUAAUUAGCUGACUUCUGAUCGCUAUUGAAUGCACCAUUUUUCUUAAUGGGCACUAGAUGGCUGCUGAUUACAAUUACAUGCCACAUUAAAAAAAAAAAAAAAAAAUAAAAAAUCAAUUUAUGUGCAAAAAAAGGCAGACCUGCAAGAAAACGUUGAGUUAUGUGCAUCCCAAUAAAAAUAUAUUAAAGUCUGUGAUUUUUAAAGUAGAAAAAAAUUGAAAAAAAGUUAAGGUGAAUAAUUAUUUCGGAAGGCAUGGUAAACUUGAUUCAUUUCAAAUAAAGAAGCGUUUGCUUGGAUGCAUGCAGUUCUGAAAACAUCAGUAAGAACACAUUUCAGCUGUUAAAUAGGGCUAUUUUUUCUUGUUUUUGUACCUCUCAGUGUUCAGGAUGUUUUUUUGUUUUUGUUUUUUUUUUUUUUUUUAGUUGAGAGAAACUGCCUCUCAAGAAAUAGAACAGCGUUUACAGCUUUUACCUUUCAGCCAUCGUGAAGAAAUUCUGUAUAUCUGAUUCUUAUCGCACUAAAUUCAAAUGUAAGAUAAAAUGAA